AUGUUCUCCUCAGCAUACUCAGGCUACACCCCCCCCUCCUCCUUUUGUUUGCAGACGCCGACUGUGUCUCUGUGCGUUCAUGUAAAUACAGCACAUCAUUACUCAGCUAUUAAGAGGAAACUGCUGACGGACAUCACAGACUUUAGUUUAGGCGUCUCUGGAUUUGUCGUUCACACACCAUCACACUUUAGGAGCGGUCGUUUCCUCUCUUUAAAUUCAGACGGUGCAGGUGAUGGUGUGUUGAUUUCAGCGGACACAAACUCUAGAGUACGAGCACCACCAGGAUGUGAUUUAUUUUCUUUUUUUAAAGUUAUUUAUUCAGGGAUUUGGACACGGCUCAGAUCUGAUUUCCCCCGUUUCACAUUCCUGAUGAACAUGUCGGCAUGCUCUCAUCGUCAGACCGCACCUUGUUGUCAUUAA